AUGUGUUUUGAGACGUCUCAAAACAAGCUCAAAACAGUUCUCAUGUGGGUGGGUGGGGUGGGUGGGAUGGGUGGGAUGGGUGGGAUGGGUGGGAUGGGUGAAAGUGGUGGAAUGGAUGAGAGUGGUGAGAGGGGUGAGAAGGUUGAGAGGGGUGAGAAGGUUGAGAGGGGUGGGAAGGUUGAGAGGGGUGAGAAGGUUGAGAGGGGUGGGAAGGCGAAGGUUGAGAGGGGUGGGAAGGUUGAGAGGGGUGAGAAGGUUGAGAGGGGUGAGAAGGUUGAGAGGGGUGAGAAGGUUGAGAGGGGUGAGAAGGUUGAGAGGGGUGAGAAGGUUGAGAGGGGUGAGAAGGUUGAGAGGGGUGAGAAGGUUGAGAGGGGUGAGAAGGUUGAGAGGGGCGAGAAGCGUUUUUGGCAGCUGGGUCAGUAA